AUGCCGGUGAUAAGAGGAGCCCAGCGGCCAGCGGCGGCCCGGCCGCCCCCGACGACGUCCGCCGCGCUCUGCGGGGGUGGACGGGGGUGGCGGGGCGAGGGCGGAGGCUGCUGGCCGUGGCGGUAUUGCGGUGCGAUGCGUGGCACACCCGCGCCGUCCCAGCUGCUCCGCACAGGUGACCCCUCCACGCUGGAGGGGCAGCGUCGACCUCUAGCACUUUUAAACGCGGCGCACCUGCUUGUCGGCAACCCGCGCAGCGGCGCGGCGUCUUGGCAACGCGCGACGCCCGGCGACGGCGACGGCGACGGCGACGGCAGCGCCUCCGCGCACGCCGCCCGCAAGACAAACUGCCGCGCCGGCGCCGCCGCCGCCGCAGACGCUGCCACUGCGGCCGUGGCUCCAGCACACAGCGUGCGCCGUCUCAUUUCCAAGCCACACCAUUCGCAAAGCGCCGAGAAAUAUGGAAGGCGUCUGCGACUCGAAUGGACGAUCAGCAGCGGGGACCCCGCGCUCGGCCGUCUGCCGUUUGCCGCCUGUCGCGCCCUGGCUGAGGCGCGUGGUGGCGGGGGUGUGGGCGGAGGGGUGGCUCGCUGGAGCAUCGGCGGGAAAGAGGUGUGCGUCAAAGCGCCGGGGCGCUGA